AUGCGCUCCAAGAUAUGCGUAGCGGGGUAACUAUUUUCACCAACUACGGAAGAAGACUCUGCAAUUUCCAAUUGAUACCGGUAUUGUUUCAUUCAAAAGGCACAUUAAGCGGACAACACUCUAUCAACGGGGACAAACUACAACACUGCGCCAUGUCCGCGUCUCCCCACAAGGAGCUACGGGUCACAUUCCUCGGCCCGCUGGCUUCAUUCUCGCAUCAGGCAGCCCUGGACCUCUUCCCCACAUCCACCACUACGACCACCUCUACAACGAGAACCGUCACUCUGCUCCCUAAACCCUCCUUCGCCGACGCCUUUGCCGCCAUCCAAUCCACCGAGGCAGACUAUGCCGUCAUCCCUUUUGAGAACUCCACAAAUGGCUCCGUCGUGCAGACGCUCGACCUCCUGGCCGACCGCGAUGGCCGUUACCAUGACAUCGUCGUGUGCGGCGAGUACUAUCUAACCGUCCACCACUGUCUGCUUGUCCGUAACGAGGAUGCGGCUUCAGAUCCCGAAACCAUCUACCCGCGCAUCUCAAAACUGUAUACCCACCCCCAAGCCUGGGGCCAGUGCGAAGUCUUCCUCUCAAAACACUUCCGCGGCAUCGAGAGAAAAGACACCCCCUCAACCUCCAGAGCGGCCAGCAUCGUCGCGAAAUACGGUAGCACCACUGCCCCUAUCCCUACUCCUACUCCUGGUACUGGUGGUAACGGUGGUGGUGACAACGCAACCGGCAACGACAGCGAAGGCAUCCCAGCCGCGAUCGCCAGCUCCUUCGCCGCCACGCACCACAACCUCUCCAUCCUAGCAGCAAACAUCGAAGACCGCGCCGAUAACACGACGCGCUUCCUCGUCUUGCGGAAUCGGAACAGCGAGAGGACUAGGGAGGGGGAGGGAGAGGGGGGCGAUUUCUAUCCCACCGCCACUGCUACCUCAAGUACAGAUACAACAACAACAACAGCAGCACCACCCACCAAACUAAAAUCCCUCAUCUCUUUCAUGAUCAACCACGAGACCCCCGGCGCCCUCGUCGACGCCCUCACCAUCUUCCGCCGCCACGGCCUGAACCUCACCAGCAUCGUCUCGCGCCCGGGCCAGAUCAGGCCCUGGCAGUAUAUCUUCUUCGUGGAGUGUGAGCGCGUGCGCGGCGUGCAUGAGGAGGAUGUGGUGGAGAAGGCGAUGGAGGAGUUGGAGGGGAAGACGAGCUGUUGUAGGGAUUUGGGGAGUUGGGGGGGUCGGUUGGGUUAAGUGUUGGGGUAUAGAGGGGCUGGGGGUGGGAGGGGGGUUGUUGCGUUAUUUACUUUUCUUUUUCUUUCUUAUCUUUUUAUUUCUUUCUCUCUCUCUCUCUCUCUCUCUCUC